AGAGGAUAAAAAUAAAUUAAUGCUUCUCUUGAACGGACUAUAAACUCUACGUCAUGACUAUCACUCGACUGGUGUACAUGCCUAGCAAGAGUUAGCAUCCCACAUAAGCUUUCCAAUAAUCAAAACAGAAUGCGCUUCCUCUCGCAACUCACCGGCAGCAGUAGUAAACAUGCAGAGAUAUAUGCCUCAACAUCAUCCUCGCAAACAUCGCCAUCUAACACAGACAAGCCAGCCAGCCCAGAUACGAUCCAGCAAGAGCAUGUUACAAACGACUCAUCCAGUACAGAGUGGAAACUCUCCAAAACCGGCGAUGGCGACACCGCCAUGGCCGUUUUCAAGUCUCCGCUCGACCUACACACCCCGUACACUGCCGCUGAAGAGAAAGCACUCAUUCGUAAAAUUGACCUCAUGAUCCUCCCCUACCUUGCUGUCUGCUACGCGUUCUUCUACAUUGACAAAACCACCCUUUCCUACGCCGCAAUCUUCGGCAUCAGAGAAGACCUCAAUCUAGUCGGGAACAAAUAUAACUGGCUGAGCAGCAUCUUCUACUUCGGUUUUCUAGCAUGGGCGUUUCCGACAAACUUCCUGAUGCAACGCCUACCAGUUGGCAAGUACCUUGGGGCCAACAUCUUCAUGUGGGGCGUAUUCUUGAUGAUGCAGGCUGCUGCAAAGAACUUCGCCGGCCUCGCCGCUCUUCGCGCCAUUUCCGGUGCCGCAGAAGCAUGCUCUGACCCGGCGUUCAUGUUGAUCACAUCCAUGUGGUACACGCGGCGCGAGCAGCCAGUGCGGAUCGGGCUAUGGUACACGGCGAAUGGGUUUGGGAUCGCACUUGGUGGGCUACUAGGGUAUGCGAUUGGGCAUAUCCGGGGAGCGCUGGCAAGCUGGAAGUACGAGUUUCUGAUCAUUGGAGCACUCUGUUCUACCUGGGGCAUUGUUAUGAUUAUCUUCCUUCCCGACACCCCGGUUACGGCUCCGGGUCUCACGCCCCGCCAACGACUCGUUGCAGUCGAGCGUUUGCGCUCAAAUCAGACUGGUAUCGAGAACAAGACGCUUAAACCAUAUCAAAUCUGGGAAGCUGUACUCGAUCCCAAGACGUGGUUCUUCUUCAUCCUGGGCGCAGUUCAUAAUACGCCCAAUGGCGGUAUAUCAAACUUUGGCACGCUGAUCAUCAAGGGGUUUGGAUACUCGACGCUCGUGACGACUCUGUUGCAAGUCCCGUAUGGCGUGCUGAUUGCGCUGUUCAUUCUGAGCUGUGUGUAUCUGAACGAUUGGACUGCGACACGCAAGGGCUGGAACACGCGGUGCUGGUUUAUACUGCUAUACACUAUGCCGAAUAUUGCUGGGACUUUUGGGCUGCGAUACAUACCUCAGCAGCAUCACGUCGCGCGGCUGAUGUGUUAUUACCUUACCGGCUCGUACAAUGCAUCUUUCGUACUCGUACUCAGUUUGACGAUUGCGAACACGUCUGGACACACGAAGAAGGUUGUUACCAAUAGCUUCCUGUUUCUUGGAUACUGUGUUGGAAAUAUCGCGGGACCGUUCUUCUAUCGUACAAAUCAGGCGCCAGGGUAUGAACUAGGAAUUUGGAGUAUGAUCUUCUGUCAUCUGGCAGAAGUGGUUAUUGUAUUAACAUUCAGGGCCAUGAUGAGCUGGGAGAAUGCGAGGAGAGAUCGUUUGGGCGGCGGGCGUACAGAUACGGACCGGACGGCAUUUGGCGAUUUGACGGAUCGAGAGAAUAUGAACUUUCGGUAUGUGUACUAAAGUAGUUAUAGCACGAGAUAUGAAUAGCGUGAUGAAUAGGAUUAGUCCCGUAUAUCAGGCUACCAGGAAAGUGCAUUGGGGCUGCUGCAUACGAACUACCUUGAU